AUGGGAAAGAAGGGAAAAGUCGGGAAGAGCCGGCGGGACAAGUUCUAUCACUUGGCAAAGGAGACUGGUUACCGCUCCCGCUCUGCUUUCAAGCUGAUCCAGCUCAAUCGCCGCUUCCAGUUCCUGCAGAAAGCCCGAGCUUUGCUGGACCUGUGUGCCGCGCCAGGGGGAUGGUUGCAAGUUGCUGCCAAGUUUAUGCCUGUGUCCAGUCUUAUUGUGGGAGUGGAUCUGGUUCCAAUCAAGCCUCUUCCCAAUGUGGUGACACUCCAGGAGGACAUCACCACAGAACGCUGUCGACAGGCCCUGAGGAAGGAGCUAAAGACCUGGAAGGUUGAUGUUGUGCUCAAUGAUGGGGCACCCAACGUUGGGGCUAGCUGGGUCCAUGAUGCUUACUCACAAGCCCAUUUGACACUGAUGGCUCUACGUUUGGCUUGUGACUUUUUGGCUCGUGGUGGCUCUUUCAUCACGAAGGUUUUCCGCUCCCGUGACUAUCAGCCCCUGCUAUGGAUCUUCCAGCAGCUGUUUCGUCGAGUCCAGGCCACCAAGCCCCAAGCCUCUCGUCAUGAAUCUGCAGAGAUCUUUGUAGUCUGCCAAGGAUUCCUGGCUCCUGACAAGGUUGACAGUAAAUUCUUUGACCCCAAAUAUGCCUUCAAGGAGGUUGAAGUUCAGGCCAAGACUGUUACUGAAUUGGUGACUAAGAAGAAGCCAAAGGCUGAAGGCUAUGCUGAGGGUGACCUUACUCUCUAUCAUCAGGCCUCAGUCACUGACUUUCUCCGAGCUGCUAACCCAGUUGACUUCCUCUCCAAAGCUAGUGAAAUCUUGCUGGAUGAUGAGGAAUUGGCACAACACCCAGCCACCACUGAGGACGUCCAGGCAUGCUGUCAGGAUAUCAAAGUGUUGGGGCGCAAGGAGCUCAGGUCUCUGCUGAACUGGAGAACAAAGCUUCGGCGACACGUGGCCAGGAAGCUGAAAGAACAAGCAAAGACCCUGAAUAUCAGCCUCAGCUCUGGAGAGGAAGAAGAAGGGGAUGAGGAAGAGUCAACGGCUGGGACUACGAGGCAACCCUCUAAGGAGGAGGAGGAGGAGGAGGGACAGCUGAACCAGACCCUGGCGGAGAUGAAAGCACAGGAGGUGGCAGAGCUGAAGAGGAAGAAAAAGAAGCUGCUGCGUGAGCAGAGAAAGCAGCGGGAGCGUGUGGAGCUCAAGAUGGAUCUGCCUGGGGUUUCCAUUGCAGAUGAGGGAGAAACUGGCAUGUUCUCCCUGUGCACCAUCCGUGGUCACCAGUUGUUAGCAGAAGUAGCACAAGGGGACAUGAGCGCUGCAGACACCUUUCUGUCCGAUCUGCCGAGGGAUGACAUCUAUGUAUCAGAUACUGAAGAGGAGGAGGCAUCUCUGGAUAGUGACCUGGAUCCAGAGGAGCUGGCAGGCUAUGGGGGACAUCAGAGUCUCAAGGACCAAAAGCGUGUGCAGUUUGCUAAAGUAGAAGAGGAUAAAGAGGAGGAGGAGGAAGAGAACCCACUGCUGGUACCACUAGAGGAAAAAGCAGUACUGCGGGAAGAGCAGGCCCACCUGUGGUUCUCCAAAGAUGGCUUUGAAGGGAUUGAGGAUGAUGCCGACGAGGCUCUGGAGAUCCGUCAGGCCCAGCUGCUGUACGAGGGUCGUCGUAAGGGGCAGGAGCAGCAGCAGCCCCAGCCACAACCUCAGCAGCCUUCAAGUCUGAAGACUGAGAGAAACUCUUCCUUGUGCCAAGAUGAGGCUCCUGAGGGGACAGAGGCUGCCACUAUCCCUGGAAGGGAAGGAGAUGACAGCUCAGACAGUGACAGCAGCAGCAGUGAGGAAGGAGAGAGGUGCUGGGAACCACGCCGAGGGAAGAAGCGGAGCCGGGGGCCUCAAUCAGAUGAUGGCAGCUUUGAAGUUGUGCCCAUUGAGGACGCAGUGAAACAUCGGAUACUGGACCCCGAAGGCCUUGCUUUAGGUGCUGUUAUUGCCUCUUCUGAAAAGGCCAAGCGAGAUCUCAUAGAUAACUCCUUCAGUCGGUACACGUUUAACGAAGAUGAGGGGGAGCUUCCUGAGUGGUUUGUGCAAGAGGAAAAGCAGCACAGGGUAAGGCAGCUGCCUAUUGAUAAGAAGGAAGUGGAGCACUACCGAAAGCGCUGGCGGGAAAUCAACGCACGUCCUAUCAAGAAAGUGGCUGAGGCUAAGGCCAGAAAGAAACGGAGGAUGCUUAAGAAACUGGAGCAAACCAAGAAGAAGGCAGAAGCUGUGGUGAACACAGUGGACAUCUCAGAACGGGAGAAGGUGGCACAGCUGCGAAGCCUCUACAAGAAAGCUGGGCUCGGCAAGGAGAAACGCCAGGUCACCUAUGUUGUAGCCAAAAAAGGUGUGGGCCGCAAAGUACGCCGGCCAGCUGGAGUCAGAGGUCAUUUCAAGGUGGUGGAUUCCAGGAUGAAGAAGGACCAAAGAGCCCAGCAACGUAAGGAGAAGAAGAAAAAACAAAAGCGGAAGUGA